AUGGGCGAGGUGGAGGUCUCCGCCCAGGCCUAUGCUAAGAUGUGCCUCCACGCCGCCCGGCACCCCCACGCCGCCGUCAAUGGGCUGCUCCUGGGGCGCCGGGGGGGCCCCCCCGAGUGUCUGUUCCUCACCGACUGCGUCCCCCUUUUCCACAGCAACUUGGCGCUCAGCGUCAUGCUGGAGGUGGCUCUGAACCAGGUUGAUCUCUGGGCGUCUCGCUCUAACCUGCUGGUGGCUGGGUACUACCAGGCCAAUGCCGGGCUGGACGACAUGAGCCCCACCCCCCUGGCUCUGAAGAUGGCUGGACGCCUGGCUGAGCUCUCUGAGGGUGCUGUAUUGAUCAUGCUGGAUAACCGGAAACUGACCCAGAACCCCCGCGUGCCCCCCGUCGUUGUGCUGGAGCAGCGGGAUCGGCACUGGCUCCCCAAGGACAAGAACCUAGUCAUGUGGCGUGACUGGGAAUCCUCCCGCCACAUUUGCAAGUCCCUGCUGGAGGCCAAAGCUCACACCCAAUUGGUCGACUUUGACGCCCACCUUGAUGACAUCAGACGGGACUGGACCAAUCAGCACCUCAACACCGAGAUCGCCCGGCUGGUGUCUGUCGCCAACGGCAGCGCCUGAGGGACCCUAUUGGCUGGCCUGGGGAAACCGGGGCUGUAUUCUGAUUGGACUGCUUGGAACAAUGGCACGCCCCCAUUGGCUGGCCCGAGUAAAGACUCAGCUGACUUUCA